AUGUACCUGAGCCAAAUCGCUCAUGCUCUUUUAACUAUUGCAACUGUUACAACCGCUGCGAGUCAUGUGACUUCAGAUGAGCAUUCGGGCUGGCUAGAUGGCUCUGGUGAUGUAGGCCCAGGUGCGACGGCCCUAGUGCGACCUUUCCGGCUCAAUCAGGUGCAUCUCGGGGAAGGCCUACUACAGGAGAAACGUGAUCAAAUAAAGGACUUUGUGCGCACGUACGACGAGCGGCGCUUCUUAGUUCUUUUCAACAAGGUGGCUGGUAGAGCCAACAUCACCAAUCUCAGCCCGCCUGGAGGAUGGGAGGAUGGCGGGUUAUUGAGUGGGCACUGGACGGGACACUACAUGUCGGCAUUGUCACAAGCAUACAUUGAUAAAGGCGAGUCCAUCUUCAAGGAAAAGCUCGACUGGAUGGUUGCCGAAUUGGCUGCUUGUCAGGAAGCAUAUACGGAGUACAAACAACCCACACAUCUAGGCUAUCUAGGUGCACUCCCCGAAGAUACUGUACUACGUCUUGGCCCACCUCGCUUUGCGGUAUACGGAUCUAAUAUCAGCACUGAUACAUGGGCAGGAUGGUAUACGCAACAUAAAAUCAUGCGGGGGCUUCUGGACGCGUACUACAACGCCAACAAUACCCAGGCACUCGACAUCGUUAUCAAAAUGGCCGAUUGGGCGCAUCUUGCCCUCACCGACACGUACAUUGCUGGCGAAUUCGGUGGAGCUAAUGAGGUGUUUCCAGAGAUUUAUGCCUUGACUGGCGAAGAAAAGCACCUGCAGACAGCUAAGGCCUUUGACAACCGUGAAUCCCUCUUCAGCGCAGCUGUUUCAGAUCAGGAUAUCCUCGUCAUGACACCGGAGAGAAAACCCGGUCGGCGGCGUCGCGAGCGUCUUCACGCUAAUACUCAUGUGCCACAGUUCAUUGGCUAUCUCAGGAUCUAUGAACACACUGGUUCAAAUGAGUACCUAUUGGCAGCCAAAAAUUUCUUCGGGUGGGUAGUGCCACACCGUGAGUUUGCCAGUGGCAGCACUGGCGGCAAUGUUCCUGGUUUCAGUGCAAACCCAGAACUUUUUCAAAAUCGGGACAACAUCGCCAACUCUAUUGCCGACGAGGGUGCAGAGACAUGUAUAACAUACAACACCCUCAAUCUAGCACGAAACUUAUUUCUGGAUGAGCACAAUGCAACCUACAUGGACCACUGUGAACGCGGUCUGUUCAACAUGAUCGCCGGGUCGCGGGUCGACACCAGCAACAAUUCUGACCCCCAACUCACCUACUUCCAGCCUUUGUCUCCAGGUUUUGGACGUGAGUAUGGUAAUACUGGUACAUGCUGCGGUGGCACUGGUAUGGAGAGUCACACCAAGUACCAGGAAACGGUUUACCUACGCUCUGCUCAUAGCCCCGUUCUCUGGAUUAAUCUGUUCAUUCCGUCAACAUUGCAUUGGAUGGAAAGGGGCUUUGCAAUCAAACAAGAGACAAAUUUUCCACGUGAGGGGUCAACCAAAUUGACCAUCGCCGGAGAAGGCGCACUGGUGAUCAAGCUACGAGUACCUGGCUGGGUUCGCAACGGCUUUGCAGUCACCAUUAACGGGGAGGCUCAGGCCACCAAAAACGUACAGCCUAGCACCUACCUGUCCCUGAAGCGGAUUUGGAAAACAAACGACGUGAUCGAAGUGCAGAUGCCCUUGAGCAUUCGGACUGAGCGUGCCAUCGACCGCCCAGACACACAGGCAGUGAUGUGGGGUCCAGUGCUAUUACAAAUUGUUGGCAAGCCAGCUGGGGGAGGUUAUUGGCAGCUGUCGCUAUACCGGUACCUAAAGCGAAAUGGGGACUACCGCCAUACUGGUAUAAAACAAACAAGCGAAACAUCGAACGGUAAUCCGUUAUUCGCCACUACUUCCUCGAACAAUAAUAGCUUGACGCUGCGACCGUACUACAUCAGUGACACACAACCCGUGUCGUCGUACUUUCGAAGCGUCGAGCAGACUGUAGUCUUUGGUUCUAUCAAUACCGGUGUACCGAAUUGGAAGCGCAACGAUCGUCUACCCAGAUACGAUGUGCCGGUUGCUAACAUCACCUCACUAGGUACUAAUGGGCCAACCUUCCUUCAUGUUCUGUGGGAUCAGGCGCCCUUCGCAACCUAUGCAGCGUUUGUCCAAGCAGUCAUUUUAACUACUGAUUUAUUUGUUUCUGCUCGUGUAUUCACGUCUAGUGAAAGGGAUAGCAUUAUUAAACAAGCAGGCUAA